UUACGUCGACAAUAACAAUUAUUAUGACUUAUGACAUUUGACAAGUUGCUUUCUUCCAUUUUUGUCGCGUGUUCGCGGGUGGUGUGAAGUGUCACAAUGAAGCAGAUUGUAACAAACCAAAUCGUCAAAAUCCCUGAGGGGAUCACGGUCACUGCCAAAUCCCGUACUAUCACAGUAAAAGGACCUAGAGGCACCCUGAAACGCUCUUUCAAACAUUUGGCUUUGGAUAUUCGUAUGGUUAACCCCAGAACCUUGAGAGUAGAAAAAUGGUUCGGUACGAAAAAGGAAUUGGCUGCUGUCAGGACAGUGUGUUCCCACGUAGAAAAUAUGUUGAAAGGUGUAACGAAAGGUUACCAAUACAAAAUGAGGGCCGUAUAUGCUCAUUUUCCCAUCAAUUGUGUAACCACAGAAAACAAUUCCAUUAUUGAAAUCAGGAAUUUCUUGGGUGAAAAGUAUAUCAGGAGAGUCAAAAUGGCUCCAGGUGUAACGGUCACCAACUCCCAGAAGCAGAAGGAUGAACUAAUCAUUGAAGGAAACUCUUUGGAAGACGUAUCCCGAUCUGCUGCACUCAUCCAACAGUCUACAACCGUCAAAAAUAAGGAUAUCCGUAAAUUUUUAGAUGGGUUGUAUGUUUCUGAGAAAACGACUGUUGUUCAAGACGAAUAACUUUUGUUAAUAAAAUAUAUUUAAAUGAU